AUGGAGACAAAAGGAAACAUACUCAUGCAAAAAUACGAAAUCGGGAAGUUAUUAGGUCAAGGCACCUUCGCCAAAGUCUACCACGGCAGGAAUCUGAAAACUGGCCAGAACGUGGCUAUUAAAGUGAUCGACAAGGAAAAAGUCAUUCGAGUCGGUCUCAUCGACCAAACCAAACGCGAGAUAUCGGUCAUGAACAUGAUCAAACACGAGCACGUAGUCCAUUUCGAAGAAGUUCUCGCUACAAAGACCAAAAUCUACUUUGUAAUGGAGUACGCCAAAGGCGGAGAGCUUUUCCAAAAAGUCUCGAAAGGAAAACUCCGAGACGAAACCGCCCGUAAAUACUUCCAGCAACUGAUUUCGGCCGUAAGCUUUUGUCACGAGAGAGGGGUUUACCACCGCGACCUAAAGCCCGAAAAUUUACUCCUCGACGAAAACGGGAAUUUAAAGGUCUCGGAUUUCGGGCUCAGCGCACUCUCCGAGUCUCGGAGGGUAGACGGGCUUUUACACACGACGUGCGGGACCCCCGCCUACGUGGCACCUGAGGUCAUCAGCCGAAAAGGUUACGAUGGGGCUAAAGCCGACAUUUGGUCUUGCGGAGUUAUCCUGUUUGUGCUUCUUGCAGGCUAUCUGCCUUUUCACGACUCGAACCUCAUGGAGAUGUACAAAAGGAUAUCGAGAGGCGAGUACAAGUGUCCUGACUGGUUCCCACCCGAAGCCCGCCGCUUGCUGACUAGGAUCCUCGACCCAAACCCGCAAACCCGAAUCUCGAUGGCUAAGAUUAUGGAGAGCUCUUGGUUUCGAAAAGGUCUCGGUUCAAGAAAAAGCAGCAGCAAGUCACGUGAAAUCGAGAAGCUUCCCUCAGUGGAUUGUAAAAUUACCGAGAGGCCCUCGAAUCUGAAUGCCUUUGAUAUUAUUUCACUCUCGUCUGGAUUUGACCUUUCGGGCCUUUUCGUGAGCAGUGACCAAAAGGAUGAGGUUCAGUUUACGUCUGUCGAGUCUGAUCUGUCUAUAUUGUCGAGGUUUGAGGAGAUUGCGGGCAGUCUUGGACUGAAGGUGGUGAAGAAGGAAGGAGGGCACGUGAGGCUUGAGGGGCGAAAAAGGAAAUUGACGAUCGAUGUUCGGGUUUUCGAGAUCACGGCCUCGUUUCACCUUGUGGAGGUGAGGAAAUCUGGCGGAGACUCCGUGGAGUAUCGGGAUUUGCUGAGGAGGGAUAUAAGGCCGGCGCUUAAGGAGAUUGUGUGGGCUUGGCAAGGGGAGCAGCCGCCGGUGGCCGUGGCUGGUUAA